AUGCGGGCCAGCAUUGACAAGCGCAUGCACGCAUUGUUGCGUGGUCACGGCGCAGUCCAGUUGUCAAGGCUGCUAGGACUCGGUUCUACGACCCAGUCUGGCUCUCUCCAGUCCACCUCCAGUGUCUACUGGGAUGAUUGCAAUAGUGACUGGACUGACUUUGCAAUCUUCAGCGACCACAUAACCGAGCUCUCCUCCGCCCGCCCCUCGCAACCGUUCUUCUUCCUGAAGCCUCCGUCCUCCAUCCUCCUGCCGGCCAGCGGACCCCUCAUCCGUCCCAAGGGCGUGUCGUUACACCACGAAAUCGAACUCGGCCUGAUCAUCGGGCCCCCACCUUCCGGCAAAUCCUCCUGGAAGAACAUGCCCAACGAUGCGUCCACUGCAUUGUCCGCAGUCAGCGGCUACCUUCUCACCAUCGAUAUGACAGCGCGCAACGUCCAGAACGAGGCCAAGAAGAAGGGCCUACCAUGGAGUAUUGCUAAAGGAUUUGAUACAUUUUUGCCCGUCAGCAACGUGAUUGCGAAGGAGAAGAUUCCAGAUCCGCAUGAUAUCGAGAUCUACCUGAGCAUCAACGGAGAGGAUAAACAGAGGGAUAGCACAAAUCUAAUGCUGUUCAAUAUUCCGUGGAUGCUGAGCGACAUCAGUCAAGUGAUGGCGCUGGAGGAGGGCGAUUUGGUGCUCACGGGGACGCCAAAGGGUGUCGGGCCAGUGGUCGCUGGGGACAAGCUGAAAUGUGGACUGCUUGUGGGUGGGAAGGAGCUGGAGGAGGCGAGGUUGGAGGUGGAGUGUGUGGACCAGGGAGCGGAAGAGCCGUAUGAGUAUAGGGAAACGUGA